AUGGCGAAAUCAGCAGAGGUUGAACACCCCAAUAAGGCCUUUGGCUGGGCAGCCACCGAUACUUCUGGCCUCCUCUCUUCCUUCAAUUUCUCAAGAAGGGCAACAGGAGAGAAGGAUGUAACAUUCAAAGUUCUUUAUUGUGGGAUAUGUCACUCGGACCUCCACAUGGUCAAGAACGAAUGGGGCAUGUCCACCUAUCCAAUUAUCCCAGGGCAUGAGAUUGUGGGGGUAGUGACUGAGGUGGGCAGCGGAGUACAAAAGUUCAAAGUUGGAGACAAGGUUGGCGUUGGCUGCAUGGUCGGUGCAUGUCAUUCUUGCGAUAACUGCACCAACCACCUUGAAAAUUACUGCCCCAAAAUGAUUCUCACCUAUGGUGCUAAGUAUUAUGAUGGAACCACCACAUAUGGAGGCUACUCUGACACCAUGGUUUCUGAUGAACACUUUGUGAUCCGUAUUCCAGACAACCUACCACUUGAUGCUGGUGCCCCUCUCCUUUGUGCUGGGAUCACAGUGUACAGUCCCUUGAGAUUUUAUGGACUUGACAAACCUGGUAUGCAUGUGGGUGUGGUUGGCCUCGGUGGUCUAGGCCAUGUUGCUGUGAAGUUUGCUAAAGCUAUGGGGGUUAAGGUGACAGUUAUCAGUACUUCACCCAACAAGAAGAAGGAAGCUUUGGAACAUCUUGGUGCUGACUCCUUUUUGGUUAGCAAAGACCAAGAUCAAAUGCAGGCUGCUCAGGGCACAUUGGAUGGUAUCAUUGAUACAGUCUCUGCUCAGCACCCUCUCAUGCCUCUACUUGGUCUAUUGAAGACACAAGGAAAGCUCGUUAUGGUUGGUGCGCCAGAGAAGCCACUUGAGCUACCAGUUUUUCCAUUACUUAUGGGAAGGAAGCUAGUGGGUGGUAGUGGCAUUGGAGGCAUGAAGGAAACACAAGAAAUGAUUGAUUUUGCAGCCAAACACAACAUUACUUCUGACAUUGAGGUAAUUCCAAUUGACUAUGUGAACACUGCAAUGGAACGACUUGUGAAAGCAGAUGUUAGAUACCGAUUUGUCAUUGAUAUUGGGAACACAUUGAAGUCAAGCUCUUGAUUUUUGCUGUCUUUUUAGUAUGUCUCACUUGUGUGAUGAGAUACCUUUUAGUUGAUUACGUUGUUUUCUGGUAUUUUUAGCCUCUUUUUUUUGGGUUUUCUGAACAUGUCUUUCUCAUAGUGUGGCAAAGAAGUUUUUUUUUUUUUUUUUUUUUUUUGAGAAGAGGAUGUAAAAGUUGUACUAUUUGUGAUAAAUAAGAAAUGAAGUGAUUUUUGCUUUGGGAUUUCAAA